CAUAAUAUAUGUAGAAACAGGCGGCGCCGGCGCAGUCGGGCCUCUGCGCAUCCUCUUUCCAAACGCAAACAUGUCGGAGAAUCCGGAACAAAAGAAGCGGCGCACCUUCAAGAAGUUCACGUACCGUGGCGUGGACUUGGACCAGCUGCUGGACAUGGGCGAUGACCAGCUGAAGCAGCUGUUCAACGCCCGCCAGCGGCGUCGCAUUGAGCGCGGCCACAAGAGGAAGCACAUGGCGCUGCUCCGCCGGCUGCGCAAGGCCAAGAAGGAAGCCCCGGCGAUGGAGAAGCCGGAGGCGGUUAAGACGCACCUGCGCGACAUGAUCAUCGUUCCCGAAAUGACGGGCAGCAUUGUGGGCGUCCACAACGGCAAGGGUUUCACCGGAGUCGAGAUCAAGCCGGAGAUGAUGGGCCACUACCUGGGCGAAUUCGCGCUCACCUACAAGCCGGUGAAGCACGGCCGGCCCGGUAUCGGUGCCACGCACAGCUCUCGGUUCAUCCCUCUCAAGUAGACGGCGUCGGCGGUGGACAAUACACCGAGUACGACCUGC